AUGAAAAUAAUCAUCAACUCUCUACUGCUCGCCACAUUUCUCAGCAUCAGCAGCGCCGAAACAGAAAGCGACAGCACGCCAGCACGUAUUUUAGCGAAACAAACCGGUGCCGCGCAAUUUGAAGUGGAACCCUAUGACGCGCACACAGAUUGUAGCGAACACAAGCAUCAUCUAAAGAAGCGCUCUUCGGACGAGGAUGUCGACUAUGAGGUGUAUCAGGGUGUGGUCGGUAGACCGGGCAUCGAUUUUCCCAUCUAUCCACGCAUACCGAAAACCACAUUCAGUUGCCGCUCCUUUGGCAAUGGUUACUUUGCCGACAUGGAAACCGAUUGUCAGGUCUUUCACAUCUGCGAAGAGGGUCAGGGUCGUAAGAUAUCAUUCCUCUGUCCGAAUGGUACCAUCUUUCAGCAAAGCGAACUCACUUGCGACUGGUGGUUCAAGGUGAAUUGCCUUGGCUCGCCCGGCUACUAUGCAGAUAGCGCGGAAAUACUCAACAAACAGCGCGUACAACGCAUACGUCCUUCCGUGCCGGUGCAGGGUUUCAAUAUUGUUGGCGGUGGUCUGGAUAUCAAACCGAAGGUGACCAGUCAGGCGCCACGUCUACGCCAGUCAGCCAAGCCGGAACGACGCUUCGACUCGAAUGAAGAACCCUCGCUGGAGGCCGUCGACUUUGAGGAUAUUUCGGGUGAAAAGCAACUGAAAGGGGAGAAAACGCAGAUACCGGCCAGUAUAGACAACAAUAAUAAUAAUGAUGAGACGCAGGUCGCAGCGGAAAGUGCCUCUUUCGUGGAUGGCCGUAGGCGCAAUAGUUUCGGGGUUGAGAAGGCAAAUGUCGACGCUGUGGAAACAAAGUCAGCGGAGUUGCAACCCUCUUCGAAGAAUAAAACUUUACUGCACCUCUGA